CCCGCGCCGGCGGAGGGCAGCAAGGCCUCUCCCGAGAAGGAGCCCGUAGGCAAUUCAAAAGGAGAAAAUGCAGCAAACUGGCUAACCGCAAAAAGUGGCCGAAAGAAACGGUGCCCCUAUACCAAGCAUCAAACUCUCGAGCUGGAAAAGGAGUUUCUGUUCAAUAUGUACCUGACUCGUGAGCGUCGCCUAGAGAUCAGCCGCACAGUCCAUCUCACAGACAGACAAGUUAAAAUCUGGUUUCAGAACCGCAGAAUGAAACUGAAGAAAAUGAACAGAGAGAAUAGGAUUCGGGAGCUCACAGCCAACUUUAAUUUCUCUUGAUGAACCUAUAAACACAUCUUUAUGGUUUAAAGAGCCAGUAUCAUUUUCCUAGGCUGUAGUCAUCCGCACCUGUAUGGAUUAACGAUUUUAGACGUUCUCAGUAUGUCCUUAAAGUCUUAAUAGCUGCUUCGGGGCUGCGGGGGGAGCGGAAGAAAGCCAUGCUAAUGCUGAGGGCCAUGUGUGAGCCUCCUCGGUUCCUGCAGCCUUCCCGGGCCCGCUUUGCUCUUUCAAGCUUUGAAAGCCCAGAAAUAGGAUUUCAGGAGCUGCAAAUAUUCCCCCCCUCCUCCCCCUUUUCCCACCUCAGUGUCUCUCCGAAAAGUAAACGAGCUCGGUUAAAGGCGCAUUCUUUUAAAAUAUAGGCGGUGUAACUCGGAUUGUAAGUAGCUUCGGAAUGAAUUAUUUAAGCCGUGCCAUAUUUCUAUAUAUUGGGAGCUCAGCUUUUUCUCCCUCUGUUUUCCCUGUCUCCCCCCUCCCCCUUUAUCCUUCCCAAAGCAGGACUUGCAAUAAUGAAAUGCAGGCAUCCUUUAAAAGGACUUCAUGGGAACCGGUGUUAAGAGCGAUUUUUUGUUCUUUACCUUGAAAGUCAAUAUUACGGCUUUGAAAUUGGCCAGGAAAAUGAAAUCUCUUCUCUUUAAAGAUAUAAAAAAAAGUUCGUCUCGCUCAUGGACUAAAUUAUGACACUUACCUCUGAAUUUCUCUCUCUCCUUCUGGUUGUAGAUAUUUACGUAACGUAGUUUUGCUUAAAGAUGUGGAAUUAGUGA